AUGGGUGGAACCAGCAUGUUGCCCCCCGCGGGCGUGGAAGGCGUGAGCGAGCUCCAGGCCGCCCUUCGCUUGGGCCUGGCGGAGCACAUCAUCCUACCCGCUCUCAACGACAAGAUCCGAGCCAAACUGAGAGCGGAGACUGCGUCCGACCUCAUCCGCGGGGUUCGCGCUUCUCUGUACAUCAUGGAUGCGGACGGGGGCGAGAACGCCCGCCGCGUCGAGGCCUUCAUGCACGCCACCUUCGUUCGCGCGAUGAAGGCCCACCGCGCCAAGGACCGCCAUGGCCUGUCCAUGGCCGAUAUCUUCGGCGGGAACAGCCUCCGCCGCGACUUCGCCAACCAGGUCGCGACCCCGCUCGCCCUGCACGCCAUCGCCGAGCUAGAGCAUGCCCCUCUCACUGACCUGGGCGCGCCGGAGACCAUCGCCUGUCGCGCUGUGAGGCAGGCGGACGCGGCGGAGGAAAAGAGGCUCAAGGAGCAGCAACGCCGCCUUGAGCUGGAAGCUGAGCUAGAGCAGCUCAAGCAACGCCUCGCCGCCAAACACCCGACAACCCCGCUAGCACGUGGGACACCCUCGGAACGCGUGCCGGCUUCACGCCCCUCGGGUGAUAGCAGCCUUCUUGAGGAAAAGUCGGAUGACCCUGAGGGUGCCGACCGCGCGAGUGCCACCAGCGGCGGUGAAGAUGGCGGUGAUUCCGGUCAGCGCGACACGUUUGUCGACGGCGAGAGUGGAGACGAGUAUGAGGAUGUUCCUCCUGCCGCCGGUCGGGAGCAGCAGGGGCGUUGGGCCGAUGAGGAGGAACCCGAAGAUGAGGAGCCCGAGGUUCUUACAUCUCCGGCUGGCGCACCCAUUGUGGAGAUGCUGAAACAGCACCACCGUGAUGGGACCGAACCUCCCGAAUGGCUCAUGUCCAUUGUACUGCCCGCCAACUCGCGAAAGGACUAGCGACCCUCUAGUGAUAUCGAAUGCCUCACCUACACACUCUCUACUGUGCGCGCUGAUGAACACCCGUCAGCGCACACUACGGGUACGUCUGCUCGUUUCGUCUUAAAACCCGCAGACCUACCCAAAGAUCUUGUUUUCUCAGGGGCACCUGGGCAAGAUAUUGUAGAACUUUUGGCGCAAUACCGUGCACGUGUGAAACUGAACUCAGUCGACAACUGCCCUGACCAUGUAGUCGACCAACGUGCUGUGCGAUACCUCCCGCUUCUUCUGCGAGGGGCUGCGUACGAUACCCUGU